GUGUAACCCUAGUUAACAAACCCUCCUAUCCCUCUGCUAUAUAAUAACCCUUUCAGUGUGCUCUUAAAAAUAUCUUCAACUAAUCUUUUCCCUCUAUAUCCCCCUAAUUUCAGUUUUCAUCCAUGGCUUCCGCAGAUGUUGAGUACCGUUGCUUCGUUGGUGGUCUUGCAUGGGCCACUGACAGUGAUGCUCUCGAGAAAGCCUUCUCUCAGUACGGCGAGGUCAUCGAUUCGAAGAUUAUUAACGAUCGUGAGACUGGAAGAUCAAGAGGAUUCGGAUUUGUGACUUUUGCUGAUGAGAAAUCAAUGAGAGAUGCUAUUGAAGGAAUGAACGGUCAGGACAUGAACGGACGUAACAUAACUGUGAACGAAGCUCAGAGCCGUGGAAGCGGAGGAGGAGGCCGUGGUGGUGGUGGAUAUGGUGGAGGAGGUGGUGGCGGUAGCUACGGUGGUGGUCGCCGUGAAGGUGGAGGUGGAUACAGCAGAGGUGGUGGUGGAGGAUAUGGUGGUGGUGGUGGUUAUGGUGGUGGAAGGGAUCGUUCUUAUGGUGGUGGAAAUGACGGUGGUUACUCCCGUGGAGGUAGUGGUGGUGGAAACUGGUAGAUUAGAGUUUAAUGGUUUAUGAUAAUUUAUGUUCUGAUGUAAUUCUAGUUGUUGGGAUCUACUGACUGAUCUAGAAUCUGGUAUCUGUUUUGUUAUGGUUUUGUUUCAUCGUGUCUCUGUUGUUGUGUCUCUGAUGCUGUGUCUCUGAAUGAAUCUGAUGUAUCUUUGAAUCUGAUUGUUGAUAACGAUCAAAUGAAAAAAAUAGUGAGAUAUUAGUGUUGACUAA